AUGAUCAGGCUCUAUCUUAUCGUCUUCGUCGCGUACCUAUGUUCGGCGACGAAUGGUUUCGAUUCGAAUACCUUCGGUGGCGCCUCCGCGAUGACCAGUUUCCAAACCUAUUUCUCCGUCCACGGCGGUUCGAAGCAGGGCCUGCUCGCCGCUUCCUACGUUAUUGGCAAUAUGGUGGGAUCGCUUGGUGCUGGGCAAAUCUCCGACAAAUGGGGUCGCCGAUACGGCAUGGGCAUUGGGUCCUUCAUUUGCCUCGUUGGUGCGAUCUUCCAAGCGGCGGCCCAAAGUGUCGACUACCUCAUUGCUGGUCGUGUCGUGCUGGGCCUGGGUGCGGUCAUUGCACAGACAGCCGGCCCGGCAUAUGUGGUGGAGAUGUCGCAUCCAGCAUACCGCGGUGUAAUGACUGGCGCCUACCAAGCAAACUUCUUCCUCGGGACGAUCAUCUCAACAUGGAUUGAGUUUGGGCUGUCAUAUGUUCCCGGCAACCCGGACAUCCAAUGGCGACUGCCCAUGGGCCUACAAGCCCUGCCAUCCGUGCUAGUGUUGUCGUUUAUCUGGUUCAUCCCUGAGACGCCGCGCUGGUACAUGGGCCAAGGAAAUGACGAAAAAGCACGCGAAGUGCUGGCACGAUAUCAUAGCGACGGCGACGUCGACAGCCAUAUCGUGCAGCUACAGAUGAGGGAGAUGAAGGAGGUCAUCGAGGUGGAGAGCGGAACGGACAAGCGGUGGUGGGAUAUCCGUGGUCUUAUCCGCACCCGAUCCGACCGCCACCGCUUCUUCUUGGUGACCUGCAUUGCCUUCUUCGGGCAGUGGGACCUCCCUCCUACCAGCUACUACUUCCCACUCAUGGUAGAAGCUGCCGGAGUGACCAACGAACAUAUGGUCCUCAUGCUGAAUGCUCUUCAGACACCGAUCAUGAUGAUCUCCGCACUCUCUGGCCUGCGUUUCAUAGAGAAAUGGGGUAGACGACCAACAUUGAUGUUAAGUUCCACCGGUAUGGCAAUAUCUGUUAUCGUUAUUACCGUAUGCACCGCACUGACCCCUACACAUACGAGUGCGGGGUCAGUUGGCAUCGCCUUCCUUUACAUCUUCCUGGUCGUCUUCUCGUUCGUGUGGACCCCAAUGCAAUCCCUCUACCCCGUGGAGGUCUUGUCAUACAAUAACCGUGCGAAAGGCCUGGCGGUGAUGAAUCUCUUCGUCAAUGCUUGUGGUCUCUUCAACACAUAUCUUCCACCCGUUGCUAUCGCCAACGUUGGAUGGAGGUUCUAUCUGUUCUACGCAUGCUGGGACGCGCUAGGCAUUGUUGUAAUUUACUUUACAUUCGUGGAGACUAAAGGACGGAAUCUCGAGGAGAUCGACGGAAUCUUCCAAUCCGACCAUCCUGUCAAGACAUCGCUCUCGAAGGAGUAA